CUGGGCGAGCUUGUCGACACCACCGAGGCCCUCACCCUCAAGUCCAAGCGCACCGCCCGCGAUCGGCGCAAGCAGGACCGCCGCGCCGCCCGCGCCAAGCGCCAAGCCUUCAAGCUGCUCGACCUCCCCUACGAGCUCGUCCUCGACAUCUUCAGCCUCCUCUGCCCCAGCGACGUCUUCCGCCUCCUCCGCGUCGACAAGACCUUGCACGCCUUCAUCACCGACCCCCACAACUGCCAGCGCAUCACCUCCGCCAUCGCCAGCUGGCGCUACGCCUGCCUCCUCCAGAGCUACCGCCUGCCCGUGCUGCUCGAGGACGUCGACCCCUUCCUGCACGACGAGCUGACGAGCGUCGAGCGCCGCGAGCUGCUGGGCAUCCACCGCAAGCCGUACUACCAGCACAUCCCGCCGCCCGACCCGGCCGGCAUCUGCACCUGCCUGGCCUGCAUGCUGCGGUGGAACGUGCUCUGCAUCGCCGUCGACUUUGCCCACUGGCAGGACCACCUCGACCAGGGCACCCCGCUGCCCAUGAUCAAGCGAGGGGCCGACAUGCCCGCGUGGAACAAGGAGCUGCUGGCGAAGCACGCGUACGUGGUCGGCAAGGCGCUGCGCAGCCCGCUGUGGCACGCGCGGAUCCUCGAGGCGCAUCUGGACUCGACGGUGCGGGCGGUGGCGAGGCACGCGGCCAAUAAAGGCAACCAGCGGCGGCGGUUCCGGAUGACUGAGGAGGACGCGAGGUCUGGCUGCGACGCGUUCCUCGAGAGGAGUGGGCCCCCGAGCUUCGAGCUGCCGUUCCACCGGGACAACUAUUACAUGCUCGAGGCGUACGUGCCGAACCGCAGCUGGAUCAAGGAGUACAACGGGUGGCGGUACCUGCCGGCGGACCAGCAUGACAAGGACCUGGCGUGGGUGUACCGCCGGGCCGAGGAC